AUGCCAGAAGAAACGAGGGCUAAUCCUCUCCGUCUCGGCUCGAUUGCCCCCAACUUCCAAGCUGAAACUACCAUCGGCCCCAUUGAUUUUCACGAGUGGGUAGGCAACGACUGGGUGAUCCUCUUUUCCCACCCGGAGGAUUACACCCCGGUCUGCACCACCGAGCUGGCCGCGCUGGCCAAGUACGAGCCCGAGUUCACCAGGCGCCACGUCAAGCUGAUCGGUCUUUCGGCCAAUUCCAUCGAGUCGCACGAUGGCUGGAUCAACGACAUCAGCGAGAUAGCGGGAUGUCCCUUGACCUUCCCCGUCAUUGGCGACAAGGACCGCUUAAUCGCCUAUGCCUAUGACAUGCUGGAUCACCAAGAUAUCACCAAUGUGGAUGCCAGAGGAAUCGCCUAUACCAUCCGAUCCGUUUUCAUCAUCGAUCCCAACAAGACCAUCCGCUUGAUCCAGUCCUAUCCCGCCUCUACGGGCCGUAACACGGCGGAAUUGCUCCGUGUAGUUGACUCUUUACUCGCUACGGAUAAGCAUUGCAUCAAUACCCCUGCCAACUGGGAGCCCGGUGAGGACGUGGUCGUCCCUUUCAGUAUUGAUGACGAGGAUGCCAAAGUCCGGUUCCCAAACAUGCAUGUGGUCAAACCGUACCUGCGUUUCGCCCCGUUGGCCAAGGAGCAAAUUGUCCCUGAAUAA